AUGGCACCCACUAAUACGCGCAAGAGGAAGUCCGACGAGAUGGAAGUGCCCGCCGGCGCCGUUACGCCUACUGGCAGCCCUUCUCACAAGAGGAUGAGAAUAACACUGUCUCAAAAGCAAGCGCUGAUAGACAACCUACAAUUAGAAAUCACCGAGCGAGCCCGCCAACUUCGAGCUGGGUAUGCUCUGCAAUGUGCCGACCUUCGAUCUCGAAUCGAACGACGCGUCAACCGUAUCCCUUUAGCUCUCCGAAAGAUGACAAUGGGUGAACUCAUGGCGCAACACGAAAACACCCAAAAGCCUCGCUCUCCAGUCAAACAGCCCGCGCCGUUGACCAAGGACCGACCCCUCCCACCUCUCCCACAUCAACAGCACAAACCCACAUCUCCCAUGCGUCCUCAGCCGGUAGCAGCACGAGGCAAGAAGCGCAAGAGCUCAUCUAUUCGUAUUGCUUCCGACAAGGAGAACGAGAACGACAUUCUCCCCGUGCAAAAGAACACGAAGCGCCCCAAGACGACGACCACCAAACCUACAAACACCAAGGCAACAUCGGUCCUUUCGCCCAGAUCCCACAAUUCUCGGACCCUCCCACGCUCUCCGAUCAAGGAGUAUCCAAUAAACGCCUCUCCCGUCAAGAGUAUGAUCGCCCGGCCAACAUCGCCCAUCAAACCUGCCUCACCGCUCAAGACGGCUGCGACGGCCGUUUCCGCCAGUAUGCACGGCAUGUUCGAGCACGCGAAACGAGGCGCGACCGCUCGUCUGAACCGUGCGGCGUCCAAAGACAAGACCACGACCACGACCACAACAAGCACUCGAGGCGCCAUGCUGCCACCACCGCGUCCUGUCCCGUCCGCGCCAAGCAGCCCACAAAGGACGGUAAGCCAAGCCAGCAACCACAGCACCAGCACUGACAUGUCCACGGUGUCAAGUGGGACGACGGUUGUCAAGCCUAAACGCGGCACUCGAGCAGCCACGACGAAGAGCGCAGCGGCCAAGACGACUGGGUCAACCAGGACGGCAUCGGCGCCCAAGAGCCCUCCUGCCACAGCGAAACGAGGCGUUGCUAAGGCAGCCAGUGCCGCAAAGACGGCUCUAAAACGUACUGGCACCACGAGUACGAGCAAGAAAGCCGCAGCUACCGCAGCCCCCGCUGCUGCCGAGCCUGCUACUGGACGGAGGGUUCUGAGGAAGAGGACUUGA